AUGAAACUUUUAGUUAUGUUUGCUCUAAAUAUUAUGCUAACAUCAUAACAAAUGGGUGGAGGCGGUGGUGGUGGAGGAGGUGGAGGCGGUGGUGGUAGUAGUAGUUCUGAUUAUGGUUCUGAUUAUGGUUCUGGUGGUGAUGGUGGAGAAUGUUCAGAGAGUUGUUGGAUUACAGUCUCGGUUGUAUUCUCAUCUAUCAUUGCUAUUGUUGCUGCUUCCUGGUGUUACAAAUCUGGUUAUUUAAGGUGUGAUUAUUUUAAGAUUAGAGAUACAAAAAAAAGGUUGCUUCAAAAUUUUAUGUAAAUGGAUAACACAUCUACUAGAGAUGAACUACUUUAUGGAUUAUAAACUCUGUAAAGGUCUAAUUGGAAUAUGAGUUAUUUUCAAAAGUAGUGGAGCGCUAUAUCAUUAUUUCAAAAGGAAUUUGAACUACAUUAUAAUUAGGAACUAAAUAAACAUUGCAUUAAUAUAAAAUUAAGAUCUAAUGAUUCUAUUGGAGAAUCAACUUAUCAUGGUCAUAUUAAAUAAAGCAAAAAUUAAUGGAAGAUUUUCAUGAUUAAAUCUUAUGAUGACAAGAUUAAAUCAAGAUAAUUUGGUGAAUAUGCUAUCUUGAUUUAUGAAGGGAUUGCUAAUGAAAUUCAUGAAGGGUUUAUUGGAAGAUGGUAUUUCUAUGAAGCCUCUUAAUCAAAUGGAGACUGGAAAUGGUAAGGUUAGGGAGAGGAAAGAUUAUGAA